UCGUUCUAAGAUCGAUCAUAAUAUGGCGCUAACAUCAGUUUGUUAAUGAAAGCCGAUUGUUUAUCACAAGCUACCACGAAACUCCAAAAACAGUGAAAAUAAACAAACAAUUCUUCUUUUAAUUAAUAAAUCAAUAUUAAUCAUAAUUUCGUGUUAAAUUUAUUUUUAAAAAGCUUACUUUAAUUUAAAUCAUACUUUAGAUCUUAUUGUUAACCUCUCAGUAGGUUAUGAUCAUCUAGUGACCACUCAUGUGGAUGUUUUCUUUUUUUAAUUAAAUUAUUUAACAAAUUUACGAUAUAAUCAGUUAUUUCAUUAGUAUGUACCUCUUGAUAAGAACCCAAACAAUUGCUCAGAGAUGUUGUCAUCGAGUAUUUUCUGACAUAAAAUGCUAUUCCAAGAUAUUUUCUUGUGAAAGGAAUUUAAAGGCUUUAUCAUCCAUUCAGUCUCGAUCUUACAGCAAAAAAGAAGAUGUGACACUGAAUGCUGAACUUAUUUAUCAUGGCAAAUUGUCCAAAAGUAUUAAAUAUGUCAAGAUAUUUUCAAUAAGUACAUCUGCAAUAAGUCUUGCCAUUCAACCAUGGAUUUUUCCAAAAAUUAUAGAAACUGGAAGUAUUCCAGCUUUGAUGACAGGAAUAAUCAUUUUUGGAGGCUUUGCUUUCAUUACACCUUUAUUUCUACAUCUAAUAACUAAUCGAUAUGCACUUGAUUUAUAUUAUGACAAACGACGAGAUGUGUACGUUGCAACAACAUAUACCUUAUUUGCUACCAUAAGACAGAUUGAAUUUACACCAGAUGAUAUAACAAAACCAGGUAAUAUGCAGUUGAUGACGACUUGUUUCGUCAAAAAGAAGCCAAUAUUUUUUGAUUACAAUGAUUUCAAAGAUUUAAAUCACUACAGUCGUAUACUUGGUUAUGAUAAACCGAUGGAUUUUAUGUUGAAUGAAAAACCAAUCCAUCAGUCUAUCAAUGCACCUUCUAACAAUGAGGUCAAGAAGGAUAUGUAAAUAAGUCAAUAAAAUAAUUAAUAGCUAUAUUGUGUUAUUGUCAUUAUUAUUUUAUUAAUAUAAUUGACUAGAGUUGAUAAUAAAAAUCUUAGAAUAGCUGGUUUUCAUGUUAAUUAGAUAAAUACUUCUUUAAAUAAGCUUUUAGCAAUGCAUUUUACGACCAAAGAAAAAUAGGGUGGUUAAAGUAAUGGAUAGCUAUGAUCCAAAAAAAUGGAAAAAUUUUUAAUUUAAUAAAACUAUAAAAAA